UCGGAGCAAAGGAGGCGGCUGGUGGGUCUGCGGCCUGCCAGCCAGCCAGGGCACGGUCCCGCCCUCCCGCACCCUCUUCCCUUUCGCGGCCUCGGAUGUGAGGCGAGAGAGAUCCUGGCUUGCCUGUUGCGGGGAGCCCCCCCCCGGGUCCCCGGGAGCUGCUUCAGCCUGCCCAGCUCCUCCUGAUCGACGGGAGCCGCAGAAGCAUUCCCGAAACAGCCGGGUGGCUCCUAUCUUCGCGCUGCGAUGCUGGGGAGCGCCCAGAAGCCCCGAGGCCGAUCUAGGAGCCGCUGGGGGAACCCCCUGCACAGGGCCCAAAGCAGGGCUGGCCGGCUGCGGAAAAGGGAGGACCGAACUCACCGUGGACAACAAUUCCUCACAAGUGCCCACAAGGAGGGGGGCGCUGCCCCUCUGCCAGACCAGCCUGCCGCCGCCCCCCAGGAAGGCGGCAACCCACCUGUUGCCCCCCUCAAAGAAGGCAACAAUGAGGGGUCUUUUCAAGGCUCCGGCAGUGCUACCUCAGGGGCCAACGCGGGGUCCUCGAGGGCCUACCACGUGACAGCCCUCGCCACGUCCUCCUUGCUGGGCCUCAUCCAGACCAUCAAGGACCACAUCACCAAGCCCACCGCCAUGGCCCAGGGACGCGUGGCCCACCUCAUUGAGUGGAAGGGAUGGAGCGCACCCCCGAUGGGCUGGGGGCGGCCCCCCCCCGAAGAGGUGCUCUACGAGGAGCUGACUGACGAACGGAGGGAGGCUGGGUUUGCAGCAGGUUCCCCCAUCUGCUCCCGCCUGGGCUCAGCCCUGCUUCUCCUCUGUCCUCCAGGCCUCAUCCAGACCAUCAAGGACCACAUCACCAAGCCCACCGCCAUGGCCCAGGGACGCGUGGCCCACCUCAUUGAGUGGAAGGGAUGGAGUGCACCCCCGAUGGGCUGGGGGCAGCCCCCCCCCGAAGAGGUGCUCUACGAGGAGCUGACUGACGAACUGAAGGAGGCUCGGUUUGCAGCAGGCGUGGCCGAGCAAUUUGCCAUCACGGAAGCCACACUGAGCGCCUGGUCCUCGCUGGGUGAAGAGGAGCUGAGCUACAGGGGAGGCUCACAGGACGCGAUCCAGCUGCAAGACCUGGAAGGCCUCUACCUGCAGGAGAACUUUCUGUUCUGCUCACCGGCUGUGACCGGCAGCCUCCAGACCUUCUCGCCCUCCGCCCCCGGCUCCCCCAUCGCAAGGAGACCCUUGAGAGCAAACGACUGGGACACGGCAAAGGGUGGCUUGAGAAGGGGAGAAGUGGAGCAGGUCGGCCUGCCCAACGCUCUUGGGCUGCAACAGAGUGCCACGUCCCUGCACUACGUGGACAGCAGCUCUCCUUCAGAGGACGAAGUCUUCUACGACUAGGCCGCUGUCGCCCGGGGGGUGAGGCGGCAGCUCUGAGAGGGGCUGGAUGGUGUGACCAACAGUGGUCUUGUUCCCGAGGCCGAGAGAGGCCUUUUCUUAGGCCCAUCCCAUCCUUUGUCUGGCAGCGUGGAGUAGCUGGGCUCGCUUGGCCUGCCCCGAAGGAGGGUGAGGAAGUGAGUUAUGCUCCCAGGGCCGUCUCUGUUGCCCUCAAAGCUUGCUCAAGCCAUUCAGUGCUGAGACUGACUGCGCAGCCCACCGGGCCAUGGCGCACGGAUCGUGGAGAUGCCAGCGCUGUAGAGGACGGACCCACAGCGGGGCCAGUUUCCGGCAGGGAGUUCAGGCCGUGCAUCCCUUCGGGUUUUUCCUGCCUACGCAGUCUGUACAGCCACCUGUGUGUUUAAGCGCUUGCUAAUGUUCACAGAGCAACGCUGCUCCUUCCUUAUGGCCUGAGGGGUGCCUGACCUAGGUAUAUUAUACUGAGCGUGUAUAUUUGUAAAUAAAAAAAGAGACUGCAGAAAAGUGGCA